AGUCGGAAUAUACAUGAUCAUUUACGAUGCCAAAGCAGAAAAUUCCAAGUCUUAUGGAUCAGAAAGAUUUUAUUACAUGGAUUUGACAGACAAGUUAUUCGACCACUUAUCGUCGGCCGACAUCGUCAAACUAAGAGAAGACCUGGAAAAGAAGGGCGCUCUUCAUGGAGCUUAUAUUGAACGCUUUUCAAGGGGGAUAGUUUUAGCUGUAGGAUUUGAUGACACAGGAGCAUUAGACUCACUGUGGGAUCUGUACCAGAGAGGAAAACUGAGUAUGACUUUCCAGGACGUUAUCGUCAAUAGCACUGUAUUAAAGAAGCUUAAAACAACCAAGAUAGUACUCCGAUCUAAAAUCUUGGAAUCCGAUUACAACAAUUGUACAAACGAAGUGUUGAGUAGAAAAAUGAAAAGACUGGAAAUAAAAACUUGA